AUGUACUGUGUGGUCUUUCUGGAACGGGGUAAGGAGCUGGACGGCGGCUGGAAGGCGCAGCUGAGUGUGCCCGAGCGGGACCGCCGGAUCAGAACCAGCGACGUCACCGCCACCAAGGGCAACGAGUUCGAGGACUUUUGUCUGUCGCGUGAGCUGCUGAUGGGUAUCUUCGAGAAGGGCUGGGAGAAGCCGUCGCCGAUCCAGGAGGCCAGUAUUCCGCUGGCGCUGAGCGGCCGCGAUCUGAUCGCGCGUGCCAAGAACGGCACCGGCAAGACCGGCGCCUACUGCAUCCCCGUGCUCAGCCAGGUCGACCCUAAGGUCGACGCCAUUCAAGCGUUAGUGAUGGUGCCAACACGAGAGCUGGCUCUGCAGACUAGUCAAAUAUGCAUCGAGCUGGCCAAGCACCUGGGAACCAAAGUGAUGGUCACCACUGGCGGCACGGUCCUCAAGGACGACAUCAUGAGAAUCUAUCAGAAAGUGCACAUGAUCGUUGCGACGCCCGGGCGCAUCCUGGACCUGAUGGAGAAACAGGUGUGCAAGAUGGACCGCUGCAAGAUACUGGUGCUGGACGAGGCGGACAAGCUGCUGUCUCAGGACUUCAAGGGUAUGCUGGACCGGCUCAUCUCGUUCUUGCCGUCCACACGCCAGGUGCUGCUCUUCUCAGCCACGUUCCCGUUGACUGUGGAGCAGUUCAUGCGUAAGCAUCUGCGCGAGCCGUACGAGAUUAACCUGAUGGACGAGCUGACGCUGAAGGGCGUCACUCAGUACUACGCCUUCGUCCAGGAGAAGCAGAAGGUUCAUUGCCUUAACACGCUGUUCUCGAAGUUGCAAAUCAACCAGAGCAUCAUUUUCUGCAACUCCACCCAGCGUGUCGAGCUACUGGCCAAGAAGAUCACAGAACUCGGCUACUCCUGCUACUACAUUCACGCGCGCAUGCAGCAGUCGCACCGCAACCGGGUCUUCCACGAUUUCCGAGCUGGCCUCUGCCGCAACCUGGUCUGCUCCGACCUCUUCACGCGCGGCAUCGACAUCCAGGCGGUCAACGUGGUCAUCAACUUUGACUUCCCGCGCAUGGCCGAGACCUAUCUGCACAGGAUCGGCCGGUCGGGCCGCUUCGGCCACCUGGGCAUCGCCAUCAACCUGAUCACGUACGAGGACCGGUUCAGCCUGCAUCGCAUCGAGAGUGAGCUGGGAACGGAGAUCAAGCCGAUCCCCAAGGUGAUCGACCCGGCGCUGUACGUGGCCGAGUGCCACCAGGAGCAGGACGAGCCGACCGAGCGCGACGCGCAGGACCAGUAG